AUGCCUUUAUCGAAAAUAUUUGAAAUAAUUGAAAAUUUCUGGAGACCUGACCGCAACGAACAACAACAAGCUCGUAAAUCGAAUCAUUUAAAGCGUAGUCGAUCUGAAACAACAGAAACUUGCAAUAAUAAUAUCAACAAUAAUGUCAGUCAUUCAUCAGUAGCAUUAUUAGAUGUGUCUGUUAACCCAGAAAAUAGUGGGUUACCAGUGAGAAAAGGAUUUCGAACUUAUCUUCCAUCAUCAAAUAAUAAUCGUCUUACAAAUAAUAUUCGUGGUCCAUCGUGGUGGUUAUCAUUAAUAUUUCUACUUAUAUCUACUGUGAUCGGUUUUCAAUCUGGUCUUGUUAUUCUAUGCAAUGUAAAACGUUGUAUAACUGAUGAUGUAUCUUCUCAACAAGAAUCUAAUAAUUUACUUAAUAAUAAUAGUCGAACAAAUGCAUUACUUGUUGCAUCUGUUAAUUUACCGCGUGUAUUGAAAAAAAAACAAUUAAUACUUAUUGCUGUUAUGACAAGUAAAGAUUUUCUAACAACACGUGCACCAACUGUUAUGCGUACAUGGGCAGAACGAGUACCUGGUCAAGUUAUCUUUUUUUCAAGUGAAGGUUCAACAACAAAUGAUACACAUAUUAAUCUUGUUAGUUUACCAUCCGUUACAGAUACCUAUCCACCACAGAAAAAAUCUUUUCUUAUGAUGAAAUAUAUAUAUGACCAUUAUUUAAAUAAAUUUGAAUGGUUUAUGCGUGUUGAUGAUGAUGUUUAUAUAAGAACUGAAAACUUGGAAAGACUACUUCGUUCAAUAGAUAAUCGAAAACCAUAUUACAUAGGUCAACCAGGUAUGGGAACGAAAGAAGAAUAUGGUAAAUUAGGUUUAGGUGAAAAUGAAAAUUUUUGUAUGGGAGGACCUGGUAUUAUAUUAUCUCGUGAAACAUUAGCUCGUUUCACUCCACAUAUUAAAAAAUGUUUAAAAAAUUUUUAUACUUAUCAUGAAGAUGUUGAACUUGGCCGAUGUGUACAUAAGUAUGCCAAUACAUCAUGUACAUGGUCAUACGAAAUGCAACAUGUUUUGUAUAAUCAUCCGAAUAAAACUGAUGGCUACCGAGCAUCGAAUCUUGUAUCUACAGAUAUUUUACGUGCUGUUAGUCUUCAUUCAAUAAAAGAUAUACGUGUAUUUACACGUGUACAUAAUUUUGCUUUACAACGAAAGAUUAUGGAUGUCGAACAACGAAAUAUAUUAUUACGUCGUCAAAUUGAUGUUUAUGAUCAAAUUCUUAAUAUACAAAAUUUAAUUAAACGUCAAGCAAAAAAUCUGUCGAAAUUAAUACAGAAAACAAAAAAUGAACAAAUUAAAACAAAAUUAAGACAACAAUAUAAAAUAUUAAAUAUGCCUGAUCAACAUAUUGCUGAACAAAUUAUGUCAUUAUAUAAUAAUACAUUUCGAUUAUUUCUUAAGAAUAAUGAACAAGGUCAUCAUUUAUGGAAUGCUGUGCAAAAAUAUUUUAAUCGAUCUCUCACGUCCUUUCCAUCGUCACACUUAUCAAACUAUUUAAUUUUCCCCUAUCCAUUCGACAGUCGUCUAUCUACGAUUAAAAAUAACAAUAAUCACGAUUAUUUAACACGUACAAAAACAUUAAAUAAUUAUCAUAACAAGUUUUCACGUCAAAAAUCGAAUGAUUCUUAUGAAAAAAUUGAACCUGGUACAUAUACAUUCUUUACUGCUAGUCAGUAUUCAGCAAAUACAGAAUUACCAGUGCGAUCUAUUGAACCAGCAUAUAAGCAAUGUUUUGAAGAAGUCGUUCGAACAUAUAUGGAAGAAGUGAAUAAAGUUUCAAGAACUAUGGGCCGACUUUUAGAAUAUAAAAAAACUUUAUAUGGUUAUUAUAAAUUUGAACCAAGAUAUGGAACGAACUAUAUUUUGGAUUUAUUUCUUAUCUAUCGAAAAUAUUCUGGCAAGAAAAUGUCGGUACCUGUACGAAAACGUGUUUAUGUCGUGCAAAACUUUCGUCCUCUUUACUUUCGUGAAUUAUCAACAGCAUAUCCAAGUGCAAUAUUAUCUCCUUUUGGAGCUGGUUCUCCUCGUCAUGCUAAUUUAACUUCACCGGUGACUACUAAUAUAAAUACGAUUACAACAUCACCCACUGUGCCUAUACAUAUGAUUGUACCUGUUAGCGGACGUCUUCCUACGCUUAAACGAUUGCUAAUUAAUUUUUAUCAAGUUGUUGUACAUAAUAAUGAUACAGAUCUUCUUAAUAUACAUCUUCAUGUUAUUCUGAUGGAAACAGCUGAAGAUAGUGGUGAACGUAUGUCGACAUUAGCAGAUUAUAUUAAAAAAUUUAUUGAAGAUCAUCAAACGUCACGUAUACAUUUAAUUCAAGUUAACGAAAGAAACUUUACACGAGGCUAUGCACGUUCAUAUGGUGCAUCUCGUUUUAAUGAUACCGAUCUUUUGUUUUUUAUUGAUCUUGAUAUGGUUUUUACUCGAGAAUUAUUUCCACGAAUACGUCAUCACACUAUUCUUCAUAAACAAGUCUACUUUCCAAUUAUAUUUAGUCAAUACGAUCCAAAUUACUGGGAAACACAAUUAUCACCCUCAAAUUUUUCAUCAUUUUAUUUUCGUGAUGAUACUGGUUAUUGGCGUCAAUAUGGUUUUGGUAUGCUCGGAAUAUAUAAAGCAGAUCUGAAACUAAGUGGCAAUUGGAAUGUUGAAAUAAGUGGAUGGGGAAAAGAAGAUGUUGAAAUUUAUGAUAAAUUAGUUCAAUCGCCAACUUUAAAUGUUUUUCGAACCAUCGAUACAAGUCUAAUGCAUAUAUUUCAUACAAAAGAAUGUUCAACAACAUUACGUGAUGAUCAAAUGAAAAUGUGUAGAGGAACUAAAUCGAUUACAUUAGGAUCACAGCGGACAUUAGUGAGACAUGUUCUAAAAAUGAUUGAGCUCAAUAAAAUCUGA